UUUGCUGCGGCGGGGGUAUUAGUAACACUUGUUAACUUAUCUUUACCCGCUCUUGUAUUCGUUGUAUCACUUAUGAAACUGAUAAACAGAAUUCUCUGUCAAUUAAAACUCUUAAUCCGUCAACAUAUUCGUCAGUAGUCUAAGUAACGAUUGGACAUGAGGACCUUUCUGCUGGUAUUGUUAACGUUUCUGGCUGGCUCUGAGGCUUGGCUUCACUGGGGGAACUGUCCUGAUCUAACACCAAAAUUUAACCAGUACCUUAACACGUACUUCAACGGAACGUGGUACCUUAGAUCUGGAUACAAUAGUGAUCCUAUACCAGGUUUUGGACGCUGCGGCAACACAAAAUUUACCUACAAUAGCACAUCUAAAACAGCAAAAGUCAAAUUCACACAUCUUUCGUCUUGGUUGAAUCGUUGGGAAUCUGUCAAUGGAACUGUAACACCAUCUCAACCAUACACCGAUGGAAAAAUGAUAUUGGAAAUUCCUAAGAGAUGGGGAUUCUGGGACGAAACGAUGCCCUAUUGGGUGCUGACCGGAUAUUAUUACAUCGAUUAUACGGUUGUCUACAGUUGCAAAAACGUGCUAUUCAACUUUCACUACCAUAGCGCCCGGGUUUUAUCUCGUUCACCCGAUACAGAUUUGAGUAAUGUUGAUGACAUUUUGAAAUCUUUCAACCUAGAUCCCAGAAAAUUCGUGACGUACGACCAAAGUAAUUGCACUAAUCAUUAGGAAACCAAUUUUGUAAACAUCUAUUGAAGAAAAUGUUAAAAAUGUUAUCAUUUCAACGUUAUGAAACAAGAUGUUGGGUUUUAACUUUGUCAGUGUAUGGUAAAAAUAAUGCAAAAAAUAUGACAAAGAUUAGUUAACUAUCUUAAUUCCUAUUAAUCGUGCUUGAAUAAAAAUUUGAUAAAAAAUCUAGAAAA